AUAUGCAGUCUAAAUCCUACAAGUUUGAUACUAUUUGAUAAUGCAGUAGUAUGUAUGUUUGAAACAUCACUAUUUAUACUGCAUUCAUUUCUGUUAGGAAUCACGGUUCAUUUGUACUAUUCUAUGGUGACUGCAAUUAGGUAGGCAUGAUGUCUAUAGUUUAAGAUUGCGGUCACCUACACCGUUUCCCAGACGACAAUUCCAUCGUGCUAAUGUAUUACGAGGGAGCUUGAUAUUGAUAUAUGUGUAUAUUCCUAAUAGAUAAUUCUUGUGAAUCUGAAACCUAGUCGAAUUGCACAAUGAUUAUGAUUAUGGUUAUGACUACUGGAUGUAUUGCUUUGAAAGCAAAUUUAUGAGAAAUAUGCCUUUACAUGACAUUAGUUUUUAUAUGAUGCAUAAGUGUUGGAGUUUGUAUGUUUGGGUUAUCUGACUUGUAGAAAGCCUUCCUAUUCAUGCAGUUUGCUAAUGCCUGAUAAUAUAAUCAGUUGCAGAAGUAAUUAGGUAAAGCACAAUGCUUCAGCAACAUAAGUUCCCCUGGUUUAUCCGCAAUAUCUUUGUUCUGCACUGCCAACAGUUGCUUCAUGAACUUGAUUGCAAGCUUUAUCAUAAUCAUAUCUCAAAAGGUGGCAGUAUUGAUGAUACCAGUGAUAAGUUACGAACUGUUAAAGAAAAUGCUGAAUGCCAUUUCCAACUAUAUAAAAGCAAGGGUCAACAUCUUCUGACUAGUGGAUGGGUUCUUGACUCCAUUGUGAAAAGCUCUAACAUCAAAGCCACUGACACAGUUUUAGAAAUUGGUCCUGGUACUGGGAAUCUGACCCUGAGGCUUCUGCAAGCUGCCAGUAAGGUUGUGGCUAUUGAGAUUGACAAAAGGAUGGCUGAAGCACUUCAAAAGAGAGUUGCUGAAUGUGGGCUUGAAGAUCGUUUAACUCUAAUAUGUGAAGAUGCAAUGAAGACAGAGUUUCCUCAUUUUGAUCUGGUUGUGGCAAAUAUUCCUUACGGAAUUUCUUCACCUCUGAUUGCUAAGUUGCUGUUUGGAACUCGCCCCUUUAGGAGUGCCACACUUCUGCUUCAGAAAGAGUUUGCAUGUCGCUUAUUAGCUAAUCCAGGGGAUUCAGAGUUCAAUCGGUUAGCAGUAAACGUGAAACUGGUCGCAGAAGUGGAACAUGUUAUGAACGUAAGCAAAAGGGACUUUUUUCCUGUUCCUAAAGUUGACUCGUCCGUUGUUAUAAUCAGACCAAAGGUGGACAUCCCUCAAAUUGAUUUAAAUGAAUGGUGUGCAUUUACAAGGACUUGCUUUAGUAAGAAAAACAAGACAUUAGGUGCUACAUUUAAGCAAAAGAAGAAGCUAAACGAGCUGAUGAGAAUAUCUUGCUUUAUAAGCGUGAACAAAGAAACUCCAAUGCUUCACCCUUCUUCUGAAAGCAGUGAUAAAUAUGAAGAUGCAGAAUCUGUUGAAGUGCUAAGUGAUUCUACUCCAUCUUUAGAAACGAGAGUCUCAUUAUUCAAAGAAAAGGUAAUCAAAAUUCUCAGAACUAGUGGGUUUGAAGACAAGAGACCUUUAAAGAUAUCUAUAGAGGAACUAUUGCAUUUGCUGUCAUUGUUUAAUGAAAACAAGAUCUAUUUUCAUGGCAAUGAAAAAGAUGUAAGCAAUACAGCUCUGGACACUUUCUUUGAAUCAUAGACUCAGUUUUCCAAGGCAAAAUAUUGUGUAAUUUUUGUAUGUCCAAUUAUUGUCCACUGCUGGCCUUAAGUUGUAUGCUAGUAGACUCCGGGACAACAUUGUAUUCAUUCGUGGGAUACACCGUGUCUGAAGGCUUUGUAUAAAGGUAGCUCAUGGAAAUAUGAGAAAUAUCUUUCCAAAAAAAUUUCACAACUCACUCACUCCAGUAUAUGGUUUUACGAGCAAAAGAUGAGAAUAUGGUGUUGGCUCUAAUUAUGAUUCAUGAGAUCAUUCAAUUUCCUCAACACGAGGAAAUGGUGCUGGCUGCCUGGCUCUAAUGGAGACCGUGGUGCGACUUGGAAAGACUAUGCACGCAGCUGCCAUAACCCAAUGGCCGGCUGCCAAAUGAUGCAGCUUUUGUGCAUGUAUCUGGGACAGUGGGACUCAAAUCAUCGCUCUUCGUCUAUAUUUGUUCAUGGGUAGGUUUACAAAAGCUGAAGGCUCAUGCAAGUUUUGUAAGAUGAGCAAGUGUUAGUGUGUUAGAUUUGUAAGAUGAAUCGUAUUGUUACCACUUCAUGGCAUACCAAUACGUGUUCAUUAUCAUUAACUUAAAUUAUAGUUUGUUCAUUAAAUGUAUUAACAGUCCACAGACCACAGAUCAUCAAAUUGUAAUUGCUUCAGAGCU